GCUUCGCACGUGCGAUCGUUCAACUCUUCUUCUUCGAUUUUCUUCUGACUUCGAACACGCCUCUCUCUCUCUCUCUCUCUCUUAAUAGUGUAUUGCAGCCUGGCAGUUCUCAUAUUACUGCCAUUGAUCUUCAAGUUGAGUUCUUCUCAGAGAUCGAGUCGGUUACAGACAGUUUUCGUUUGGCUUCAGCUACAUAGCAGCUGCUCUCCGCCCAGCUUGAUCUUAGCUCAAUCAUUUGAUCCUUCUUGGGGAUUGAUGUUAGAUAAAGUAUUUGAUGCACUGUUGUUAUAGCAUUUUGGUGUAUACGCUGUUAAUUGAACCUUUAGAAAAAUUAUCAGGUGCAUAGUUUGUGAGAAGUUUGAGCCAUGAACAUUUGGAAAUUGUAGUAGAUCACAUUGAUGGAGGAUGGGAAUGCAUUAAGACUGUCGUCCUUGAGGACAGGCACUGGUGCUGGUGCACUGAAAUCCACAUUGUCUGGGAGAUCAACUCCAAGGGGAUCCCCUUCCUUUAAGCGGUUGAACUCUGGGCGUACUCCACGCAGAGAAGCUAGGAGUAGUGGUAUUAAUUCCCAGUGUUUCAGAAGCAACAGAAUUGUCCUUUGGUUGCUUUUAAUUACCCUUUGGGCCUAUGGUGGAUUUUAUGUCCAGUCAAGGUGGGCUCAUGGGGAUAACAAGGAGAAUAUAUUUGGUGGUUAUGAUCGUAACUCAAGUGCUGUAGAUUCCCAGCCAGAGCCAAAGAAUCGACUCGAUUUGAUUGCAAAUGUAGAUUCUUUGUCUGUUAAAGUGGAGGUUAAGAAUAACCAUUCCGAUUCAAAGGAUCUAGAUCUAGAUUUAUCUGCAAAAGGAAAUAGUAAUACAUCUGAUAGAAAUGCAGCUUCAAAGAAGGGAAGUAAACCAAAGCGUGCUUCACGUAAGAAGAAACGUGGCAAACAGAAGGUGGCAGUUGAAGUCAGGGAUAGUGGUAAUUUGCAGGAAGAGGAGAUACCAAAACAAAACACCACCUAUGGCAUGCUUGUUGGUCCAUUUGGUUCAUUAGAGGAUGGCAUAUUGGGGUGGAGCCCUGAAAAGAGGUCUGGUACCUGUGACAGGAAGGGUCAGUUUGCACGCCUUGUUUGGUCUAGAAAGUUUGUGUUGAUAUUCCAUGAGCUUUCUAUGACUGGAGCUCCCCUUGCCAUGUUAGAGUUGGCAACAGAACUUUUGAGCUGUGGUGCCACAGUUUAUGUUGUGCCUCUUAGCAAAAGAGGGGGUUUGAUGCCUGUUCUAACUAGAAGAAAGAUCAAAGUGCUUGACGAUAAGACAGACAUCAGCUUCAAGACAGCGAUGAAGGCAGACCUUAUAAUCGCAGGCUCUGCUGUUUGUGCAUCAUGGAUUGAACGAUAUGCAUCACGGACUGUGCUUGGUGCAAGUCAAAUUGCUUGGUGGAUCAUGGAAAACAGAAGGGAGUACUUUGAUCGGUCAAAAAUAGCCUUCAAUCGGGUGAAGAAACUUAUUUUUCUAUCUGAAUUACAAUCUAAACAGUGGCUAGCCUGGUGUGAGGAAGAACACAUCAAAUUGAAAUCUCAGCCAGCACUUAUUCCACUUUCUGUUAGUGAUGAACUUGCUUUCCCAGCAGGCAUCGCAUGCUCUCUGAAUACUCCCCUCUUCAGCACCGAGAAGAUGCUAGAAAAGCGAAACUUAUUGAGAAAUUUUGUCAGAAAUGAAAUGGGAUUAUCCGAUAAUGAUAUGCUUGUUAUGUCCUUGAGUAGUGUAAAUCCUGGAAAAGGUCAACUUUUACUUCUUGAGUCAGCACGGUUGAUAAUUGAACAAGGACUUCCUUUAAGUACUUCUGCAUUAAAAGAUCAAGAUUAUCUUAAAAGAGCAUUGCUUCAUAAUUGGAAACAAUUUGGUGAAAAUUUAAAUAAAUCUUCUCUAAAAAGGGCAAAAUUUAGCCCUGGUGACCUAUUCACAAGCAAGCAUGAUGCUCAAAGAAAGAGUGUUGAUACAAGUGCCAAUAGUAGGAGGCUUUUGUCCAAGACUGAAGGAAAGCAAAGACAGAAACUUAAGAUUCUUAUCGGGUCAGUAGGAUCUAAGAGCAAUAAGGUGCCCUAUGUCAAAACACUUCUCAGGUUUGUUUCUCAACAUGCAAACUUGUCAAACUCAGUGCUAUGGACUCCAGCAACUACUCGUGUUGCCUCUCUGUAUGCUGCAGCAGAUGUAUAUGUAAUGAAUUCGCAGGGACUAGGCGAAACUUUUGGGAGAGUAACAAUUGAAGCUAUGGCAUUUGGUCUUCCAGUGUUGGGAACGGAUGCAGGAGGCACAAAAGAGAUUGUCGAACACAAUGUAAGUGGUCUUCUUCACCCCUUGGGACGGCCUGGAGCUCAGGUGCUCGCCCAAGAUCUUCAGUACUUGCUGGAGAACCCAUCGGUGAGACAGCGGUUAGGAAGCAAUGGGAAAAAGAAGGUAGAGAGUAUGUACUUAAAGAAGCACAUGUACAAGAGAUUUGGAGAAGUGCUGUAUGACUGCAUGAGGAUUAAAUAAUAGCUUUUAGAAUGAUUUUUUUUUUUUUCCAAACAUUAGAAUGAGGAGUUGUGCAAAUCAUUGGGGCACAUGCCAUCGUGUGUUUGGACAGAAUUUGAUGCUGAGGCUUGGUGUAAUAACCAUGCAUUUCCCUCUCUUAACAUCCUAAGUCCAUCAGGUUUCUUCUUAUUAUGUUCAGGAAUAUGUACUCAUUCAUAGUAAAGUUAGUUCUCCGGCCUACAAGAUUUUUUUUA